AUGCAGAAUAUCACGGCAUCGUCGCCGUCGCCGUACACCGGCGGAAGGGGCCACCGUGGCGAUCACUCGAACGACGUCGGGGACGCUGCGGCGGCUGCCUCGGUGUUUCGAGACUUCACGUGGUACAGUGCGACGCUGCUCUCGCACCUCUUCGCUCUGGAGCAUGCGCAGCUGGAGCGGACCGCGGUAGCCGAAGAAAACCGCCGGCGUGCUGCAGCUGUGCACAGUCCUCAGCUCUUAAUGAGCGCCGCCUUUGAGUCGCUGAACGCGUCUGUUGUUGGGGCGCCUGCGUCCGUCGCCGCAGGAGCAACUGGAGUGACUCCAGGGAAGAUGAGUGGCAGUAGCUCCAUCAGUCGACAGUUCGACCUCGAACGUAACAAAGUCGACGGUCGCGAUGACAACAGCCAGAAUAGUGGCGCCGCCGCUCUCUCGACGCCGCCGCCUCUGCCAUCGUCUGCAAGCGAUGAGCCACCGAAACUGCCGCACCUUGUCACGCAGCAUCGGCCGCACGUCUUGAUUGGGUUUGCCACGGUGGGUGAUACCACUGCAGUGGGUGCGGGGGAUCCGAUGCUAACUGACGCUGCAACGCGAUGGGAGCCUCCGCAGGCUACCAAGGUUGCCGGGUCGUCAGCUGCCUCCCCGACCGCUGCUACCUCAACAGCCACGGCCAAAAUGAGUUCAUCGGACAGCGCCAUCACGUCGUUGCUGGCUGUCUUUGAUGCUUACUACUUCCCUUCGGAGCUCUUUUACGCAGCUGGCCAUGCUGCAUCCCCCAUGACCGGGCAGCAAGGUGGGAAAGGAGAGGGUCUUUCGCUCUUGGAUGCUGGCGCCAGUGCCAUGGAUGUGGCAACAGAUGGCGCGGAGUGGGUGCAUGGAGCGGGCGCUAACUCCGCCGGAGCCGCCGAUCCAGGUGCAGGCAGCGGCACCGCCGCACCUCGAGUAACGGCAGAAGCGCUGCGCGAGGCCUUCCAUGAUCUCCUGGUGCUGGGUCAACGCUGCGCCGUGUUUGCCCUCACAUACCGCGGCAUUAUUGGCUGCGGCGACGAUGCAGCGGCAGGUCGCGCUUGGUGUGGCGGUGCAGACGUAGAGUGUGAGGACGACGAAGGCCACCGCUACUCUCCUAACGUUGAUGGCGAGCAUCUGUCCACUACCGCAUCCACCGCCAAGAUGCAUGAUGCGGCGGGUACGGGCCUCUCCUCCGAGGAUGACGCCAAGGCAGACGAGGCUGUGCAGCAGGCAGCCUCUGCGUCGCUGCAGUUUCUCCUCCAACUCGCGUGCAGUUGCCCGUGUGCCCCUCUCGCGUACGCAGCGCAGCUUUGCGUUGCCUAUGCACUUGCUGUGCGGCCGCCACCGUGCACCGCGACCGGCUGCAUCGCACGGCAGCAGCUGAUGCGCUACUUGCCAACGGUGCAGCCGCAGUCCCGCACCAUGUCCGCGACGGACGCGAACGCGAGCAGCACCGCCGUUGGUGGACCGCCGCAACACUGCGGCGUCGGCGGUGGCGGUGGCUCGAUAGCGACGACGAGCGGCAGCGGUGACACCAAGAGCAGACAGAUUCCCACCACACAGCACGUGCGACCGGAGGAUGCGAUGCUGUGGUUCGACUCCACUGGCGCGGUGCACUUGAUGACGGCUGAGCGCUGGUGGGACGCUCAGCAACAGCACACCGCGACGUGCCUCGCGUACUGUGGCCCGCUGCCGGCGACCACCGCCCUCCCAACCGUGCAGCGCCUGCUCAUGGAGGAGGAGGCAUACAUGGGCCCCAACGGCAGCGCCGCAGGGGUGCUCAAGUCCGUGUUGGAGGCGGUCUCGGCUGAAGUCUGCCUCAACGCCCGUGUCAUAUCCGGCUCCCCGUCAUCGAUGGUGCACACGUCUUUUCGACGGCGCCGCGGCGUGCACCGCGGCGAUGGGGCCAGUGCUGGUCGGCGCCGCUCACUCACCGGUGGCGGUGAAGAGGACGCGGCUGACGGUCGUGUGCAAAGCGGAGCCUCGACGCUUGCCGGCGCAUGCGGCGCGGUGGCAGCGGCCAGCGGAUCAGGCGCCUCCGCAGGGCGCGCGCAGGGGGCUGCUGCUGUCGGGGGGGCGCCAACUCGCUUGUCGAAGGCGGCAAAGCGGCGCCGCGCUCUCCUGUUCGCCCUCGCACAAAGUCACCUGCUUCCGCCGGUGCAGCAGCUCGCAACGUCCAAGACGCUUCUCUAUGGUGUGUUCACCGAUGGCGGGGAGUGCCCGUCCUACUACAAGCUGCUCUCCCUAUAUCCCGAGGUACUCCGCGCGCACCACGCAGCCCUGCAUUACGUCCUUUACGGAGACGGCCCGCUCUUGGUGGACAUGCGGCUGAUGGUCGCGGUCAUAGCAGCGAGCAGGCACCGCUGCGAGUACCUCGUGUCGCGCUUUUCGGCUCUGCUCUUGCGCUACGCGGAGGAGGCGAUGUUAGAGGAGUAUGUGGACGAGGACGACUGCGGUGCUGGGAGCGGGAGCAGCGCGCUGCUUGGUGGCCAUCAAGGUGGUCUCUACAGCAGCAGCAGCGGCGCGCGCGGCCAUGCGGCGUACAGUCACAGGGAUGCCGCGGAUGCGUACGACUACGACAACCCCCACUUUGCAGGGCAAUCGGCGUAUCCGCGACAACAGAAGCAUCGGCACAGUGACACAUCCGCCGCUGACUGCUUUCGCGGCCAGUCACGCCAGCGUUGGAUCACCCACGGCCCACCGGCGCGGCUGCGCGCCGUCCAGCGCUUCAUCGCCCUCGCUGCCCACACGCCAUGGACUCUCAGUGAGGGGGAGGUACGAAACGUGCUGGCCUGCGGUUGGACCGUUCCGGAAGUGUUUCAGCUUGUCGCCAUCGUGGCGCAGGUAGUGCCGCUCUGCGGCUUCGUCAUGGGCCUCUUUGUACCAGCAGAGCCGUGGGCUAUGACGCUGCUACCGCUGGAGGUGGUGGAGCGGCUGGGCCAUCGCGCCGUGACGGAGGAUACUCUUGCCGGGUCUAUCGGCGGCAGUGGCGUCUCGUCUGCUGGCAUGCCUGGGUGCUGUCCCGACCCCCCCAUCUCACACUGCAACAGUGGCGGUCGAGGCGGCGGCGACGAACGCGGUAGCACGACCGGCGGCGCAGCACGACCUCCGCACGCGGAUGUGUAUCGUCGACUCGCUGGCGACGACAACGUGGUCAGCGAGCAGCGCAUCAAGGGCGGCACCACCGCCGUCAACUCGCCCACGCUGUGGCGCAGUCGGUUCACCUGGAACGAGGUGGGGGCGACGUCGAUGGAGCAGUACUAUCCCGGUGCCGCCACGCUUCUCAAUGAGGAAAUCGACUGCUACUUCGACGUGGUGCGGCAGCUGACCAAGGCGGAUUGUGUGGGUCUGAUGAGCCCUGACUACGACCCCUCCUACGCUUUCCGCUCCCUCCAGCUCUACGUGCAGAACCUGGUCGGCUUCAUGGUGGAGGACUAUUCCUACAACGACAUCAACAAAGUGCUGCGGCGCCCAGCCAAGUGGUUUGCGCAAGUGCUGACGAUGCGGCCAGAGACACUCUCUCGCAACGAGGUGGUGCGCUGGUACGUGCCGACGACCCCACCGACCGGUAAAACAUCUGACAUGAGCGCCGAGUCGUCGCUCGUGACGCACCAACUGAAGCGCGAGAUCGAGCUGCUGUCGGUCGUGGACAGCGCACAGGGUGGUCACCGCGGCGGCAUCGAGUCGGCCAGCGCCCACCAGGAUAACGGCGAUAGGCCACCUCCCACCCCCACCGAGGCAGCGCGCGAUGCGGCUGAGGCGGAGGCCCUACAGACAGCCUUGACGCUUCAGGACGAGCGAGUGCUGCUGCUGAUCGCACUCGCCACGAUGGAGGCUCGCAAAGAAGGCCUUCUCCAUAUUCUUCUGCGGCCCGUGUGUGCAGUACUGAGCAACAUGUGA